AUGGCGACCUUCCUCCUCCCCGGGGUGACCUCCGCCCCGUGCACCCCGGUGCCUUCGUCCGGGGCAGCUCUCCAUGCGGCGCCUGCCGCGGCUCCACGGGCGCUGGGCCUCUGCCUGACGCUGGCCGUGGCAGGACACCUGAGCCGUGGCCGGGUGCUGCGCGGCCGCCGCGGCAGCCGCGGCCGGGUGGGGCGGAGGGCACAGCGUCCCAUCAACGCCCGGGAUGGCAAAACCAUCCCCCAGGGAGGCAGUUGGCUGUUCCCAGCCGUGGAUGAUGAUGAACUCUAUGAGGAGAUGGAGAAUGAGUUACCACCCAAGAAGUCCUUGGAAGAUUCGGUGUACUGUUGUUGGGUCACACCGAAGAAAAAGGCGUCCGAGCUCUUUGCAUCUUGGGCAGAGGAUGAGGCAGACGAUGAACAGAAGGAUAUGUUGUUGAACCUGAGUGCCACUGAGAUGAAGAAGGGCUGGACUAUUUGGGGCCUGUGCCAUUCCGAAGAGGACCGAGGACCAGGUUUCUACAUCGUACCACCCUGCGAACCGGAUGCCUUGGUGGUGGUGGAAGCUGUGGAUGAGGAUAAGAACAACAUCCAGCACCUGGCGGUCAGACCCUCGAAGAUUGGUGACAGGACCAAGCAGGCCUUUUUGGAUUGGAUCGAUUCGCUUAGACCCAAGGUGGUCGUGGUCAAGAGACCUCCUGAGUUGUAUGCCUUCGGCUUGGGUGUGGAUGGCGAUGGCAAAGGGACGCAGAUGGGCGAUGGACCCAAGGUCAGCAAAGGUUUUUGUCAAAAGGGAUGGCCAGUUCCGGCCGCCCAACGCUUUGUGCUGUGCCCCGUCGGCCGCGCGAUUGCUGUCGCAGCAAACGAGAAACGAUAUGACGAAAACGCGUCAAGGAAGAAUGGCACCCAAGCAGAAACGCGCCUGGCGCGAGGUCUGAAACAAAGCCGCUGGUGGUGGAGGUUAGAGUUACAGGAAUCCGCCGCCUGCAAGAUUGAGGCCUUGUCCUCUGAAUGGCGGUGGUUGCCACUGGUGAGCGAAGGUCAUUGUGCAGUGGUGGGAAGACAUUUGCAACAAGCCCUAUUUGAGGCGUGGCUCCCCUGUCCACAGCAUGCCUGCAUCUCACGCAGAGCCAUUGAGAUCUACUGGGAUCCCAAUGGAGAGGCAAAGUUGGUUGCCUGCGGCUCCAAUCCUGUGCUUGUAGAUGGCGUGCAAGUGGAAAAAGGUGCGGGCGGUGCUGCACGGCUACUGCCGGGCUCGGAGAUUUGUUUCGCCUAUGACGGCAAGGUGUUGUUGCGCUUGCGCUACCUGGCCUUUGAGAGUUGCAGUUUCACCCCUCAAUGGGGGAGCAGAGAACGAAAGCUGAAAGCUGUGCGGCAGCGGAGGCUGAGGAUGCCUCACGCCAUUACAACGAGGCGCUCAAGCGCCCCAAAUAUUGGUGGUGAGGGAAGCAUUGGUACCAUGGAUGCAGCCCGUGGUUCCAUCAAGAUUACCAGCAAGAUCUUUGUCAACAAGGAAAGGGAGGAGACCCGAAAGGCACGUGCUGAGGCCGUGAAAGCAGCCCAGUAUUGCAAUGCCACGACCACCCCGCUUCGCCGGUGCACCACGCGGAUCCGCGUGUUGGGGGAGCGCGGCAAGUGGGACGAUGGCCUCGUAGAGCUGGAGGAACUGCGGAGGACAUCGAUUCAGCCAGAUGCUGCUGUCUACAGUGCCCUGGACUGGUUGAUUUAUGGCGCCCUGGUGGUCGCGAACGGCCGGAAGCAACACUGGCAACGAGCACUGCGGAUGGCUCUGGCGUGUCCAGGAAAUCUCAUCCUUCGCAACGCGGCCGUGACCGCCUGUCCCUCCUGGCGCCCCGCGCUGCAGUGGCUGCGGGACUUUGGGACCGCGGCUGCGCGGAGAGACGUCAUCAGCUACACAGCCGGUGUCAAGGCAUGCAGUGAACAGUGGCUCUUUGCUUGCGUGCUCCUGGAAGAAUUCAAUACCCAGCAUUUGCAAGGGAAUUCGAUCACCUGCAGCUCUGCUCUGGGGGCUUGUGGAGUUUGGGCUGCGGGGCUAUUGAUGAAUGCGCACCACCAGGCAUUGCAGAUGAAUGUUGUUUGCUACAGCUCGGCGAUGGCUUCGGAGUCGCCAGGCGCCAUGGGAACAGUUGCAUCAUGGCUCUUCUCCUUGGCGCUGCUGCAAGGGAUGAGGCAGAGAAGUGUCAGGCGCAACGUGAUUUUCAUGAAUUCCUUGUGCAAGGCAUGUGGUGAAAGCUGGGAGGUGGCCAUCCAUCAGCUGGGCUCCAUGCGCUGCCAGAGCUUGGCUGUCGACAGAAUCGGCUCCAACUGGGCCAUUCAACGCCUGGCCACGGAGAGCUGGCAAAACGCCCUACGAUGCAUGGAAGACAUGCCGUCGCAGCAGCUGCAGUGCGAUCAGAUCACGUUCAGCUCGGCCAUGGCCUGCGGCUUUCAGGGGCAUUGGCAGAUUGCCUUGGCACUUCUGGAUCAGAUGCCCCGUCUACGGCUGUCCAUCGACAGCAUUUCCCUCACCGUGGCAUUGAGCGCAUGCGGUGGUAACCUGCAGUGGCAGCGGGCGCUGAUCAUGUUGAUGACCCACGUGGCUCAAAGUUGUCGAGUGGACGAAGCCUGCUAUGGCUGUGUUGUUGCAGCCUGCAGUGAUGCCAGUGGCUGGCAAGCAGCGUUGGCAGUGCUGGAGGCAAUGGGUGCCGCAUCCCUGCAGCUCUCGGCCACGUCCUAUGGCUCUGCUGUGACCGGCUGCGAGUGGACGCUGGCGCUGGCGCUGGUGGCGGCCAUGGCGCAGCGGCAGCUCGAGGCGCCCGGCUGGACGAAGGUGGCUGCCUGGCAGCUGGCACUGGGCGCCUCCGAAGGCUCGGAAGGCUCCGUGGCUGUCGCGCUCAGUGACGGGCAUCAGUGGCAGAUGGGUCUCACUUGGCUGGCACAGCUUGUGCAAAGCCGCAUCCAAGCCGAUCUGGCAGUCUACAGCAGCUCCAUUUGCGGCAGCGGCUUCGGAAGCGCCUGGCAGCGCGGGGUGCAGCUGCUACGUGGCUUGGAACAGCAGAGGCACCACGACGUCCUUUGUUUGAGCAGCGCGAUCACCGCCAGCGACGCUGGACACAGCUGGAGAAGCGCCGUGCAGCUGCUGUGGCAGGCAGCUGGAACCAGGGAGACAUCAUUGGAUCUAAUGGCCUACCGUGUGGCCUGCCGCGCGCUGGAUGUCUCAGAGAAUCCCAGGCCCUGGAGACUAGUCUUGGGUCUCUUCAAUGACCUUCAGGAGUUCUCCUUGGAUGCCGAUUUGGCGAUGCACACCACGGCCACCAGGUCUUGCGAGGACGUGGACCCAGCUCCGUUUCCAGCGAUCUCAGCAGCACUGGUCAAAACGGCCAUGGACGCUUUGGGUGGCGGCGAAACAUCGCGACCGUUGCUGGCUAUGGCCGGAGUUUCAUCCGUGACUGAAGCAGUGGAUAGGUUGAACAGCGGCAAGGCCAAAUGCUCCGAUGGCUUGUGCAUCGUCGGCUCGAGCGAGAAGGAGGGCUCGAUUGAACUCCCCCUCCACGUGCGGCGGGUGCCGCCGCCGCCGGAGAAAUGCGAAGCAAAAGCCCCGAAAGCCGAGGAAAGCCCGGCGGAGCUUGAUGUGGACGGCGACAGCAACACCUCGGGGGUGGGCGAAGCAAAGCUGUGCUUACCGUCUGCACGCUGGACAUUGUUGAGUUCCCUGCUUGCCAGCAUCUUUAUGUUUAUGGGCUUGUUAGCCUUCAGUUUCUCUGAACUCGGGCUGCCUGGUUUGCCUCUAGAAUUUGGGCCUCAGCUGCUGCUGCGCGUCGCCGGCUGGGCCUUCAUGUUCUAUCUGCCAAUCUUUGUGGUGUCAGCCCCCUUGGUGCGGAACUACGCGAUGUGGGCCUUGAGGCCCGAGCAAGCUCUGUCGGAUGCCUGGCCAGACAGCGCGGAGCGAGGUCGACUGCGUCGGCUGCUGCGGUGCUGCGGCGUGCCACUGGCGCUGAACGUCUCCUGGGCGACGAUCUGGACCCUGCUGAUCUGUGUUCCGGUGAGGGACGGCGAUCAUUUCGGUAUGUUUCCAGUCUUCGUCCUGGGCAACGUCUUGAGUCUCCCAACGGGCAUUCUGCUGGUGUCCCGCUUGGGUCCUGCCGUGCUCUCCAAACAUUAUGCCUUGAUGACUGCGCCUUCCUGUGUGUUCUUCCCAAUCUUUGGCUUUGCCGCAGUGGUCGCUGGCUACAUCACAUUGAGACGUAUCGCAGGGGUGUGGAUUGGUAUCCUGAUGCCAUUGGUACUCAGCAUCUAUGAGUUUCUGGGUACCAUACUGGUGGCCAAGAUUUUCAUACUGAAGUUUUUGACCAAGCGGAAAGUGCGUGAGAGCUACGCCGGAACCAAUCAAGGUGUGAUCGUGUCCAUAGCGAUCUGCAACCUGCACGCCUUGGCAGAAGGGGCUCGCUUGACCCUUCUAUAUGUUGAUGGCUUCGAGAACCCAAGCCCCAGCAUUUUGAUUCCCAUCGUCAGCGGCGUGCUGUGGAACGUCCUGCUGCGAAUUGGUUUCAUGGACAGGUGUUUGCACUUGGUCUCCUGCCAACGAUGGAAACCCAACAACUGCAGCAAGUUGCUGCGUGAAUCCGGCUAUUGCAUGGGUUAUCCGCGUUUCGGCGCCAUUGGCGCCCUGCUCUUGGCUCGGCUUUGCAUUGGCACGGCCUUACCAUUGGAGUCCCCAAGGAUGCUGCUCUUGCUGGGGGUCCUACUGGCAGAAGUGGUGGAGGACCUCCUGAGCUGCGCGUUGUGGCACCUCAACGUGAACUUAUCGCCCAGCAGUUCUUCACUCACCGCCUCAGAGGUGGAGAAAAUCUCCCGGGGAAGGCUGGCGCGACGAUUAGCUUCAGUGCUGCCGUCCACCGACGUGUCGCUGUCGGUGUCACCAGCACCACCAUCCAGACCGGUGUGUUCCAGCGAGUUUCUCCCGACCAUUCAGUGGAAGGUGAGAGUGGUGGACGAUUUCAUUUAUGGUCCGGAAGACUUUGGCAAAUUGCCAUUUUGGGCCCAUUUGUUGCCUACUGCACUGGCCCAGUUUCACACCAUUCUGGCGAUGAUCGUUUUCUCCAACGGUCCGUUGUACAUCUUAGGCGAUGCGAUUGGACUUGGUCCAUACACCGCCAAGGUCUUUUGCCCGGCCGACUGCCAGUACUUCUUGUUGUACCGCAAGGGGUGCAAGGCUGCAGCCUUAGCAGCUCGGGAGGUUACCGGGCCGCGUCGAAGCUUGGCAUGGACGCCUCCGGAAGAGGCCUUUUGCGAACUUCGAUGUCUCCAAGCUGAGGGCAUGACGCGGGCUGAAUUGCAGGCAUUGCCGCUGGAGCACCGGGAAAUGCCAGCGCCUUUGGGAUAUAGUUUCAUCAAAACGGAGGUGUUGUUACGAGAGCCCUCGAACGAUCCACAGAGUUUGCAUGGUCUAUUGCAGCUGCAUGCAGAGCCGAAAGUGUUGAGCCUGACGAUGUUGCAAAGACGGGCAGGCGUUGCAGUCUACAUCGACGAGGAGGAACUGGUUCCCGGCUUCGCACGGAGGCUUCAACAGGGACAGGUGCUGAUUGUGGUGAAGCAAGAUGGAAGCACACAGCGAACUGUGCUGGUGCUUCAGGCGCAAGUCACCCCACUGGAAGCCCCGUCUGGCUUGGUGUGA